AUGCUCCUGAAGGUGCCUCUGCUCCUGGGGCUCAUUGCACUGGGGCCUCCUGUCUGCAGUUCCAAGUUUGUGGAUGAGAGUAAGAACACACAAUUGUUUGCCAUAGGUGUGGAGUUUGCCAUGUUUCAGUUCAACCAAGCCCAGGAGGAUGAGUAUGCUUACAAGCUGCUGUGGGUGGGGAGAAGCCAGCGCAAGGUGAACUGCACUUUCAUUGUGGAUGCCCGACCAUGGAUUUCCCAGUUCACCCUCCUGGACAGCACCUGCCUGCAGACAUAG